AUGGCUGUUACCAAUGGUUCUCAAGGCCCUGUAGUCGUGGGCAUCUGUGUGGCAUUUGCCGCCUUGACCUUCGUUGUUUUGGUCCUUCGUCUCUUUGCGCGCAUUUAUGUUUUGGGUCAAAUGGGCGUUGAUGACUACCUUAUUGUUGGCGCUUGUGCACUGUCUUGGUCAUUUAUUGCUGUCACACUUGUCGCGGUCAAACAUGGACUUGGGCAACAUAUUGAAUAUGUUGACCAGACCGGCAUGGUCAAUUAUGCUUUUGCCGUCUGGCUGAGCUCAAUGUUCUAUCUUGCAACACUUGGAUUCAUCAAAACUUCGGUGCUAUGGUUCUAUACUCGCCUCGGAGAUCGCUACCUCACUCGUCUAUCCUGGGUUAUGAUGGGAGUUAUUAUUGCCCAAGCCACCUCAUUCGUUCUCGUGGCUGCAUUCCAAUGUCAACCCAUUAGCAUGGCCUGGACUGGCACUGGACCCGGAAAAUGCGUCGACAUCAACCUUUUCUAUCUGUGCAACGCCGCCCUGAACAUUGUCACCGAUCUCUUAACUUAUACCUUGCCCAUCAAGGUCAUUCUCCAUCUCCAGAUGCCUCGGAAGCAGAAGCUUGUCCUGGCCUUUAUCCUCUGUCUUGGUCUUUUCGCUUGCAUCUCCUCGAUCAUCCGAAUCACUUACAUCCCUACUAUGCUUAGCUCGAAGGACUCCACGUACGCCAUCAGCGGUGCCAUGUACUGGACAGUAAUCGAAACCAACGUCGGCAUCUUUGCUGCCUCAAUCCCAUCAUUCAAGGCAAUCGCCUCCCGCUUCCUGCCACGUUUCAUCGGCGAGUACAGCAGUGGGAAGAAAUAUGGCCCUUGGUCAAGCAACAACAAUAACAACAACACUUCCCCGCGGUAUCCAUCUGGAUUCGCCAAGGUCAGGGAUCCCAACAGCCUCACUAUGAUCACAGUCAACGGCAAGGAGGAUAUUCCCAUGGGUACCAAUAUUGGCACGGCCAGCAACUCCAGCGAGGAGCGCAUUAUUCCUCAAGGCAAGAUCUUCGCACACACGGAGAUCGAAACUACCUUCGAACGAAAUGAUUAUGGAAGCGAGAGUCUGCCGUCACUCGAGCGGGCUCAUCAAUGA